AAAAUAAUAUUUGUUAUCCUUAAGCAAAAAAGUUAAGAAAAGUUAAAAUCUAAAGAUUUUUUUUUUGAAGUGGGCAAAUUUUUUGCAAUUGAAAUACAUUAAAAAAACUAAAUAAAAAUUUUGUCAAAAUGUCUUAUAUGUUACCACAUUUACAUAAUGGGUGGCAAGUAGAUCAAGCAAUACUAUCAGAAGAAGAUCGAGUUGUUGUAAUAAGAUUUGGACAUGACUGGGACCCCGCGUGUAUGAAGAUGGAUGAAGUUUUAUAUAGCAUAGCUGAAAAGGUUAAGAAUUUUGCCGUUUUUUAUUUAGUCGACAUAACAGAAGUACCAGAUUUUAACAAAAUGUAUGAGUUAUACGAUCCUUGUACUGUUAUGUUUUUCUUUCGGAACAAGCACAUAAUGAUAGAUCUGGGCACUGGUAAUAAUAACAAAAUUAACUGGCCUCUUGAAGACAAGCAAGAAAUGGUAGAUAUAGUCGAAACGGUAUACCGUGGAGCUAGAAAAGGAAGAGGUUUGGUUGUUUCUCCAAAGGACUAUUCUACAAAAUAUAGAUAUUAAAACUAUAAUAAUUAUAAAGUAAAUUAUUUGAUUUUAAAUUAUGUAUAAGUAUAUUCAACUAAUAAAAAUGUAAGAAAAUAUUUUUAA